AUGAAGAAGCUCAGAUUACCGAAUUUGUUAAGGCUAGAUAAUGACAGACAGAAGCAUGUGAUAAGUAUCUUGGAAGCAUUUGAGAAGGACAAUCAGGUUAACCCUGGCAAAAACACUCCUUUAGAUCUCUUCUUGAGAUACUACUUCUUGGACAACAAGAUGGUGUCUCCUUCAGAUAGGGCAGCUAUUGUUGAUUAUGUGUAUCGUCUGACAUCUUAUAAACUCUAUCUGAGUGCUAUCUCACGGAGACCAAUAAACUGGAAGUCCAGACUUGAAGCAUUUGUAAGUCCAAAAUUUGAGGAGAAUUUUAUGAAUGGACAAAUCCCCCCUCAUGUCAGAGCAUCCUUCCCUGAAGAUCUCUAUAACUUAAUGGUGGAGGCUUAUGGAGAAAAGGAAGCGUUUGACAUGUGUCAUAUCUUGAAUGAAAGACCUCCUUUGACUGUCAGAGCUAAUACUAUGAAGAUCACUAGACAUGACUUGUUUAGGAAAUUCCAAAAGAAGAAAUUUAAAGUUGAGAAAUGACUGCAUUCUCCAAUGGGGAUCCAAUUUAAUGAAAGACCAAAAACCAAUUUCUUCAAACUUCCAGAAUAUAGUCAGGGCUUCUUCGAAAUCCAAGAUGAAGGAUCCCAGCUCUGUGCUAUGAGAGUUGACUGCAAACCAGGACAGACCGUCCUUGACUAUUGUGGAGGAGCAGGUGGAAAAACACUAGCUUUUGCCCCUUUUAUGCACAAUAGAGGGCAAAUUUUUGUGCAUGAUGUGAGAAAGUCAGUACUCCUGCAAGCUAAAAGAAGGUUUAAAAGAGCUAAUCUUGGCAAUGUCCAAACACACUCUGAAAAGCACAAAUUGUGGCAAACCAUUAACAGGAAAUGCCACUGGGUUCUUGCUGAUGUUCCAUGAACAGGCACAGGAACUCUUCGUCGGAAUCCUGAUAUGAAAUGGAAAUUUUCAAUCAAAAUGCUUCAAGGAUUAUGCAAAGUUCAGGAAGAAAUAGUCAAGGAAGUUGUUCCUUGUCUUCGUAAAGGUGGAAAACUUGUCUAUACAACAUGAAGCAUCCUUCCUCAAGAGAAUCUCAUGCAGGUAAUGAACUUAUGUGACAAAUUCAAUUUGGAAAUAGAAAAUGGAAAGCAUUUUCAGGUUCUACCUAAAUCUAAUGGUAUGGAUGGUUUCUUCUCAGCAACAUUGAUCAAGAAACAAGGGUUAUUGAUUGAUUAA